CGUACUCUUGCUGUAGCGUCGACGAGUGCGCAUGCGUGGGAGGUGGCGAGGCCAUGAGGGUAAAGGUGAUCUCCAUCCUGGAGGACAACUACAUGUACUUGGUGAUUGAGGAGCAGACCAAACUGGCCUUAGCUGUGGAGCCUGCAGUCCCUCACCGGCUUCUGGAAAUAGUGACUCGAGAGAAGCUGACAUUGGUGGCGGUUUUCACCGCACAUCGUCACUGGGACCACGCUCGGGGGAAUGCGGUCCUGCUGAGGGAUGUUCCCGGUCUGAGGGUGUUCGGGGGAGACGACCGCUUCGAGGGUCUGACUGAUCAAGUCACCAGCGCUCAGGAACUCAAGUUCAACUCCAUCAACGUGAGGUGUCUGUUUACUCCGUGCCACACAUCUGGACACAUGUGCUACUUCAUCUGGGAGGACGAGUGCACGGACGCCCCCGCUGUAUUCACAGGGGAUACGCUGUUUAUCGCCGGACGCGGCGGGUUUCUGGAGGGCUCGGCCGAGCAGAUGUUUCGCAACCUGACUCAGGUGCUGGGCUCCCUGCCUCAAGACACUAAGGUCUUCUGUGGACACGAGUACACCAUAAAGAACCUGAAGUUUGCGCUGCUGGUGGAACCGGACAAGGAGAAGGUUAAAGAAAUGCUCGCUUGGGCCAGGGUGAGAGGCGAAGAGAUGAAGACGACAAACCCAGUGCCGUCCACCCUGCGGGAGGAGUUUGACUACAACCCUUUUCUACGCCUCACAGAGGAAAGGGUGCAGAAGUUCACGGGCAAGACUGACCCCGUGGAGGUGCUGAAGGUCCUGCGCAAGGAGAAGGACAAGUUCAAGAAGCCCAAGGAGAGCCUUCCUCCCCACGCCAUGUUGGCUUUGGAGUGGGGGCUGUUCGGACGCUGACCUCCGGCCGAAGGCUGCAAAUGAUGAAGAGUGACGUCAUCUUUCACCUUCACAAGGGUUUGCUGCUUCAAAAAGGCCAGUGGAAAACCACUUAUUCGCGUAUUUAAAAAAAAAAAAAGAAAUAAAAAUGUAUCACUUAAUUGCGUAUAUAUGUUCCAAAUGUUUAAUUUUGAGAAGUAAUUGAUUAUAAAAGACCAAUUGAGUUUGUUAUAUCAGUUGUUUAUUUUGUCAUAAUUAAUGCUUAGUUUGUGUUUACUGUGGAUAUAAAACAUCCACACACAAAUAUAAAAAAUGAAUAAAAAAUAAUUAAAAAAAAAACUACUGUAUGACCUGACAGUAGAAUAUUAUUAAAAUGAUGGUUUUAAAAUUAAUCACUAUCUGGCCCCAUGUUAUGUCUCUAUUUAAAUUUGUAUGAUUGUAAAACUUGUCCCACCACAACAGGCCCCAUGUUAUGCCUCUAUUUAAAUUUUUACUAUUUUAAAACUUUAAAACCGGCGCAAUAGGACCAGUCUAUCAGAGAGUGGAGAGACGGAAGGCGCGACCCAAUAGUGUGUUCAUCAUUUGCUGUGGCCACAUGGCACAGUCUCGCGCAAACCUUUUUAUUUGUCCAAAUUAUUUCCGUCUGGUUAGCAGCAAAAGCUCUCGAGACAAAACAAGGCUAUCAUUAACCCCAAAUAAAGUUCAGUUGUUCUAGUAGGCUUUUCCUGACAAGUCAGUGAUAGCACAAACAUUCAGGCUUCCGCUAGAUUGCCAAAUGUCAGGAAAAGCCUACUAGAACAUCCUCCUACUCUUCAACGUGAGUUUGAAUGUGAUUGGUUAAUGCUGACACUAAAGGGGCCAUUUUUAUUUUAAGAUUUUUGUUCAGUUGAGUUUGACAGUUUGUAUGUCACAUUAGUGGUGGAAAAAGUUUUAAAAAUUGAAAUGAUUUAGCUUGGUCUCAUUUUGUGAAAAGCACAAAACCUAGCAUUUUAACAGGGGUGUGUAGACUUUUUGUAUCCUCUGUAACUAGCCAGCGCAGUUCAAAUAAAUUUGCUGGUUUAUUGACAUAUAGUUAUGUUCUCCAACAUGCAUUUUUUUCCAGUAUGAUGUGCUCAUAAUAAUUAUUAGAAAAAUACUUGCAAGAUGUUACAUUGAAUCAAUAAAACAUCACUACAGACGCAACAAACAGUUUUGGUGAAUGUUUUUAUUUGAUCAAA